AUGGGUGUAAGGGCUGAGAUUGCCACCCUGAAAGAGGAGCUAUCUAGGCAACGAGACAUAAUUGAAGCUUUGUUAAAGGAUGAGGAGAGGUGGAAGGUAGAGUUUCAUAUUAGUCCCAACAAGAAAGGAAAUUCCGACAUGAUCAAGAGUUGUGUUGAAACAGAUAAGCAAGCUCUUCUCAAGUUGAAAGCUGGCUUCAUUGAUGAUUGGGGAAUUCUUUCCUCAUGGAAGCAUGAAGUUGAUUGUUGCCAGUGGCAUGGAAUUUCUUGCAAUAAUCUAACAGGUCAUGUCACGAAGCUUGAUGUCCCGAGAAAUGAUUCAGCCUAUCUAGGAGGUAAUAUUGAUUCAUCACUAUGUGAUUUGCAGCAUCUAACUCACUUGAACCUUACCUUUACCUAUUUUGAUGGAAACAAAAUUCCAAAAUGUAUUGGUUCUCUUAAUCAACUAAGAGAGUUGAUACUUUCAGAUGCUGGUCUUUGUGGUACUAUCCCCCAUGAAUUGUAUAAUCUAUCUAACCUUCAAUCUCUAGACCUUGGGUAUAAUCAUGAUUUGAUUGUCAAUGAUCUUGAGUGGAUUUCUAACCUUUCUUCUUUGAGGCAUCUUGAUUUGUCUGAAGUUGAUCUAAGUAAUGCUAUUACUUGGCAAUCAUCUUUAUCAAGAAAAGCUCAUUUUCAUCUAAGAGAGUUGAUCCUUUCAGAGGCAGAACUUGUUGGAAUUAUUCCUCAUCAACUAAGAAAUCUAUCAAAUCUAGAAACUCUUGACCUUUCUGGAAACUAUAAUUUGAUUGCAAAUAAUCUUGAGUGGAUUUCACAUCUUCCUUCUUUGAGACAUCUUUAUUUGUCUCGGGUAAAUCUAAGUCGAGCUAUUGAUUGGCAGUUGUCAUUGUCAAAAUCUUCCUCUCUAUCUGAGCUUUACUUAGAUGGAUGUUCUCUACCUCAACAAAGCCUUGUAAAUCUUGAUCUCUCUGGAAAUUCCUUGCAAGAUAUUCCUACUGGUGCAUUUGCAAAUAUGAAUUCACUUAAAAAUCUAGAUCUCUCAGAGACACCCUUACAACAUGUUGCUCCAGAUGCUUUUACAUAUACCACUUCUCUUGAAAGUUUAUAUCUUUAUUAUACUAAUCUUCAUAAUGAUAUAGGAAUAGCCGUGUCUACUUUAUGUCGAUUGCGUGUGCUGCAAUUAUCAGCCAACAAUUUAUUUGUUCCAUUGAGCGAUUGGAUGCCACAAUUGUAUUGUGCCCAAUAUAGUAUAGAGAUAUUGGACAUAGAGGAUUCAUUCAGUAGGGGGCCAUUCCCUGAUUUUUCAAAAUUUUCAUCCUUGGUGUCACUAUAUCUUACAAACACAAGUCUUUAUGGGCCUAUUCCUCAAUCACUUGGACACUUACCUCAUCUUUCACUAUUGGAUAUAAGUCAGAAUAAUUUGAGUGGGCCAUUCCCAAAGUUUCAUGAAUUUUCAUUGUUGGAGGGAUUAUAUAUGCCUGACAAUCAGUUGAAUGGUGUGGUCGAUGAAGUACAGUUGUCAACUUUGUCCAGCUUGAAAGUUUUAGAUGUCUCCCAUAAUUUCAUUUUAUUCAACAUAAGCCCAAAAUGGGUGCCACCUUUUCAAUUGCAAACAUUUUUCGCAACGUCCUGCAAGUUUGACAACGGCUUUCCAAUGUGGCUCAAGUAUCAAAGGGAGCUUAGGGAGCUAGACAUUUCUAAUGGUCAAAUUUCAGAUACAAUUCCUCAAUGGAUUGGGCUAUUCCCGAGUUUGCGAUACUGA